UGGAAGACGGACAGAGCAAGGCUGGGCAGGGCAACCACGACACGAGGAUGAGAAAAUCACAGCAGCAAUUUCACACUCAACAAAAAGCUCUAGCCAUCGACAUCAUCCAGUGCCGCAGACAGCAGGACGGGGCCGCAAAUCACACGGUCGGAAUUCCUUCCAGCUUGCACUAUGUGAUUACCUGCAUGACUAGCUACGCCCUUACAUUGCUGGUGAAAACGGUAUGGAAUGACACGGCUGACGGCUGACGGCUGCCGAGCGGGGCUUCCCGAGUUGUCAACGCUGCUGAACUGACGAUGCAACGAAUCACACCUGAUCGCGCGAACUGCCUACUUUGGUCAAGCGGAGAUUUGCGACGGCGCCUGAUAUAUGUUUGUGAGUGCGAGUGUAAAUGUGUGUGUAUGGGAAAAGACAGGGGAUUAGCAGAUGCUAUCGGGGGCAGUAUGACAUGUGAGAGGGGCAGGUCGGUAUUGGAGAUGGACGUGGCAAGUAGUAGACAAGCGACAGGGACAAGCACGAGAGAUAUCAAUAUGGCGAGAGAGUUAGCAACAUGGAGGGAGAAGAAGAAUGGCCCUAGAGGGAGGCGUUUGGUAAGCAGUGGGUGUGCAGCUAGUGAGCAAAGAGAUGCAGCUGAUUGGCCAGCUCGUAGGGAAUGGGCAGGUGCUGAUGCGGGGCGGGGCGGGCUGACGGAGAUCUCUGGGAAGGGAAAAAUCAAGGUUCAUACUGGCGGCAGGGACAACGCACAUAGUGGUUCGGCGGCAAGAGUCAACUAUGACCUCAUCGCCGAGUCGCGCGCUGGCGAGCAAAUGGCCGCAGUCAUGUACAUGGCCUACACAACACUUGGAUGGAGACGUUGAUGCAGACAGAUGCAAGCACAAGAACAAGCCCGGCGGACCGCGACCCAUGGCCGGGAGAGUGUGGGAGGUGCUACACCCAAA